CUGUUUGUGAUGUAGCUUUCCUUCAAUUCUUGCGCAGCAGUCUUGUCAUCUAGACCCAUGGCUUUCCACCUUUCCAGAGAUGUGCUGGAGAAGAUAGCGCCAGGAGAGGAGGGUGGACGCAACCCAAUGUCAUCAGCAGCGACCUGGCGCUCAUGUGCAACCAGUGCAACCACCCUAACCGCACAAACAGCCUGCACCAUCAAUGUCCAUGAGGCAGGGGACAACGGUGGAUAUGUCGCGUACGGAGUUGAACGGGUUCGCGCACUGAAAGACUCCUUGCGGGCCAACCCUUACCAAAAGGUGAAGGUGCAACCUCAUGCAUCAGCAGGAGAGAAGGCUGAAGUCGUUGGGGAUAGCCUUUUGUCAAAAUUGGGUCGGCUUCUUGGUUUUGCGAGUCCCAGAGUCUCAGUGAGCCCAAGCACGGACAUUCCAGAGUCUCCACUGCCUGCCUCUGAAUUUGGAGAUGCAGUCACCGAAAGUGAAUUACACAGAGAGGAAAGUGUUUUGGUGGAGAGGUGCCGCUGUAAGAAUCGCCGACUUGUAUUCAAAAAGUACUUCAGCAGCACAAUGCCAACCCACGAAUCCCUUCAUGAUCAACUUGUGUACGAGCUCAACUUGUACUACAAGGACUUGAAAGGUCUCAGAAACGUGAUCCAAAUAGAGAGCCACUUCUAUGAUUCCUUGCGCAACCUGACCUUUGUUUUUCCAGAUUUGGGUCCCAAUAUCUAUCCUGUGGAUAGAUCUGGGAUUAUCAGCUACAUGAGGCAGCUCUUGGUGGCCUUGGACCACCUCUGGCACCGUGGAGUCAUUCACUGCAAUAUCAAGGGCGGCUUGAAACCAAAUGCAAUUUUUGAUCGGAAUGGCAAGCUGACACUCAUCGAUUUCGAAUCAGCAAUUCGUCGACAUGAACUCAUUGAUCAAGGACAGAAUUUGACAACUUAUGAGACUCUCAACUACCGGGGGAACCCUUUUUAUGUCGCACCAGAAGUUGUAGAAGCACAGCCCGGAUACAACUUGUACGGGAACACCAGGUUCGGCCGGCGUAGGGAUGUCUUCAGCGCAGGGGUUGUAUUUGCAGAACUUUUGCUGGACGUAGACCACCUCUUCACUUAUCCACAUCGAACAGUCUUUGAUCCGCAAAUUCGUAAAGUUCAUAGAGCCUUGAAGCAUCGCUUAUCUGCAAACAGUCCAGUGGAUGCUUUGUGCUGCUAUGGCGACUUCUUGUUAGAGGACGACGCUUUCUUGAACCUCAAUGGAGCUGAUUUGGUGGUGAAGAUGCUCAUGUGGGACCGUUUUCAACGUCCAGCCCCAGGAGAACUUCUGAGGCACCAGGUUUUUGGAAUCUAAGAGAUGGUGUUGCCUGCUUGAUGACCUCGGCCAGACCUUGGUGAGAUGUUCUUGCGGUGAAAAAAGGUUUUGCAAUGCCUCUGCUGGCCAAGAGACCUUUCACGUUGAUCACGGCUCCUUUUUUGCGUGCUUUGGAUCACAUUGAAUUGCCAGGGCCGGUGCCCCUUGCUCCUGACGGUGCUGCUGAAAAGGCCAUCCUUCAUGCAGGGCCACAAGCACAUCUGAAAAACCUCUGGGAUCUCUUUGGCAGGUAGGCCAGUGGAA